AUGGGUCGCGCCAAUCGUGUCGCACGCGAAGCCGAAGCCACGCCGCCGUCCAAGAAGCAGAAGAAGUCCAACGACGCCAACCCGACCGCCGAAAACUCCCAGCAGCAGCAGCAGCAGCAGCAGCAGCAGCAGCGAGCCCAACCAACAAUCCCCUUCGAGGCCAACGACCGCAUUCUCCUCGUCGGCGAAGGCGACUUCAGCUUCGCCCACUCGCUCGUCGAGCACCACGGCGCCGCGGCGCUGCUGGCGACGGCCUUUGACACGCGCGAGACGGUGCUGGAAAAAUACCCGCAGGCGGCGCAGACAAUGGCGGGCAUCGAGGCCGAGGCGCAGCGCGUGCUGUGCGGCGUCGACGCGACCAAGCUGGACGCGCACAAGACGGUGCGCCGCGGGCUGCCGGCCGACGGCUACGGCUGGGCCAGCGCCGACGAGAUGGCCGAGGGCGCGGGCGCGUGGGACCGCAUCGUCUUCAACUUCCCGCAUGUGGGCGGCAAGAGCACCGAUGUCAAUCGCCAGGUGCGGUAUAACCAGGAACUCCUCGUAUCCUUCUUCACGUCCGCCAUCCCGCUCCUCGCGCCCACCGGCACCAUCGUCGUCACCAUCUUCGACGGCGAGCCCUACACGCUGUGGAACGUGCGCGACCUGGCGCGCCACGCCGGCCUGGCCGUCGAGCGCAGCUUCCGCUUCGACGCCGCCGCAUACCCGGGCUACGCCCACGCGCGCACCCUCGGCAACGUCGAGGGCCACGGCUCCGCCUGGAAGGGCGAGAAUCGGCCCGCCCGCUCGUACGUCUUUUGCUUGCCCGAGGCGAAGCUGGCGGCCGAGGGAGGAGGCGCGAAGAAGAAGAAAGGUGGUGUCGCUAGUGGUGGUAGUGGUGCUGCUGCUGCUGCCGCCGGCAAGGGUGCGAAAGAUGCAAAGCAGCAGGGCAAGAAGCGGAAGAAGGGCGGUGAGGACUCAUCGGAUGAUGAGGAUUGA